AUGUUGCGCACUUGAAAUCCGCACAUCGAACCUUAUCUCAAAGAUCCAAAUCCAGAAGUUUCGUGUUCGUGUUUCAUAGCAUUUGUUUUCUCCGGCUAUUUACACCUAUUGUUUCAUCCGGACCCUCCUCCCUUGCUCUUCAUGUAUCUCGAAAAGCUAGCCAUUAACUAAUGAAUAUAAUAGGAGCAGAGAUCUCACGCCAUUGAUGGAGUCGUGGUGGUUGUAUAUGUAGACCCAGUUUAACUCAACAAAAAUUCCGACAAUGGGUCCUUUUACGGUGAGUUUGAUCCUGAUUUCAUUGACGGCCGUCCUCCUGGUCUGGCGUUACCUGCAGAACAAUUUCACCUACUGGCGCAAACGUGGCGUGCCGUACGUCCCAUUCUGGGAGAGCUUCGUGAUUUCCUCCAAAGCGAUGAAAAAGAUUAACAUCUUCGAAUUCUUCGAGGUGUUUUACAAAGCCCUGGAUGGACACAGAUUCGGGGGCGCCUUCCAGCUAGUCUACCCUAUAAUCAUCAUACGAGAUCCGGAGCUCAUCAAGACCGUCUUCAUCAAAGCCUUCUCCAACUUUUACGAUCGGAACCCCCCUCAAGACGAGAAAGGAGAUAUCUUCAACAGGACCCAAAUCUUCCAACUCACAGGUGAAAAAUGGCGGACAGUGCGGCAUAAGCUCUCGCCGGCAUUCAGCUCGGCCAAGCUGAAAAUUAUGUACCAGACUCUGAGCGGCUGUGCGGAGGACCUAAACGCUCAUUUGCAAACGCUCUGCUCGGAAACAGGGCAGACAGAAAUUGACGUCAAAGAGCUCAUGAGUGACUACACCAUGGAUGUCAUCGGGGCCAUCGCUUUGGGAAUCAAGUGCAACUCCAUUAAGGGUGAGAACAGCGAGUUCAAGCAGAUCGUGCGGGCCACGUUCAAGUUCGAUCAAAGGAGAACCAUAUUCGCCAUGUUGGAGGUGAUUCACCCGAAGCUCCCACGAUUACUUGGACUCACAUCUCAACUCCCCGAGGUGGAGGAAUACCUGCUGGGGAUCACGAGGGAAGCCAUCGAGAUGAGGACAGGCAGCGAGUCGUCGAGCCGAAGAGAUUUUCUCCAAAUGUUGAUGAAUCUUCGCAGCCAAGAGCUCCAGCAGAGAAAUGAGAAUCCGAGCGGCGAACCCGACGAGCCAGUUUUCAGCGAAGACAUCCUGGUGGGCGCAAUCGGUUCGUUCCUUUCGGCCGGUCUCGAGCCGGUGGCGGCCAUGCUUACUUUUUGUCUGUAUGAGUUGGCUUUGCAUCCAGAUAUUCAGGAGAAAAUUUACCUGGAGAUCAAGGACAUCAAGGGUCAAACUCUCAACGACAUCAGCUACGAAGACCUCAAAAAACUCCGAUUUACAGAACAAGUCAUGAACGUACCAGAAACGCUGCGGAAGUAUCCCGUUGCCGGCAUCAUGGCCAGAAUUUGUACGGAACCCUUUAAAAUACCAGACUCUGAUGUUGUUGUGGAGAAGGGAAUGAGAGUAUUUGUACCAGUAUUCAGCAUUCAACGUGAUCCUAAGUAUUUCCCGGAGCCAGACAGGUUUGAUCCAGAGCGGUUCUCCGAAGAAAAUAUCCAGAACAUUGUUCCCGGGACUUACUUGCCUUUUGGCGAUGGCCCAAGGUCUUGCAUAGCGAUGCGGCUGGCUCUACUGGAUGUCAAAACGAUGCUGAUCAAAAUGGUAUCUAACUACACUCUCUACCCAUGCGCAAGAACUCAAAGAAAUCUGGAGUUUGACAAGAAAUUGGUCUCUUUAAAUCCUGCAAGUAGCCUGUGGAUUGGCGUGAGGAAAAGAUAAUCGUAUCUGAGACAUAUGUAGACUGAAAAUUCAAUAAAUAGUUUCGUUUCUUACGCUAAA